UACGUGGAUUACUUUUAUUUCAGUUUUUGUUAGUUCCCGUGUUUGCAGAGCCCUCUUCCGCCACUGAGAAGCAGUUCGCAGAGCCCUCUCUCCGCCAUCUCUCGCACAUAUUUUUAUUAAGAGCUCGAAAAAUUUAUUGUUGGUGGGAAUCAGUAGGUCGAGCUCGAUUGUUCCUGGGUUUUUUCGAGAAUCACCAACCUCCCAUCCUCCAUUAACAUCAGGGCAAUGAUGGCUAACAAUCUCAGUUUUAGUACAACUGCAUCUCAGAAACAGGGGGAUGCCUCCAUGACUUCUCAUCUGGCUGGCAUGUCAAAGAGCCAGCUCUAUGAUAUCAUGUCUCAGAUGAAGGCUCUAAUUGAGCAGAACCAGCAGCAGGCUCGACAAAUCUUAGUUGCGAAUCCUCCAUUGACGAAGGCUUUGUUUCAAGCCCAGAUUAUGCUCGGUAUGGUGCAGCCCCCACAAGUGAUGCCAAACAUCCAGCAGUCAGUACCGCAGCAGCCCCAACAAUCAGCAAUGGCAGGGCCACAGCCCAGCCUUCAAGCUCCACCAAACCAAGGUCCUUUGGGUUCCCAAAAUGUGACAAGACAAACCCAAUCAUUACAAGCACCCAUAACAACCCCUGCUUCUCAACCACCAGUUACCCAAUCCGCGCCAUUACAUUCCUUGCAAGCUCAGGGAGCACAACAUAGUCAAAGUCAAUUGAGCGCACAAAUGCCCAUGACAUUUCCACAACCUACCCAUGUCCAUAAUAUCCCUCUUCAUUCAGCUCCACAACCCUCCAUUUCUGGACCUCAGGCUUCUGGUUCAUCGAGCCACGCUGCACAACAAUCUUUACAAUCCUCAUCUGGAGUCCUUCCUUUACAACCACUAUUGCCUCAGUUUCCAAGGCCACCAAUGCAAUCUUUUUCUCAUCAAGUUCACCCUCAGCAUGGCUUCCAACCUUCCAGUGUGCCUCAGCAGCUUCACUCACAGCCUAUGUAUCAUUCAGGAAUCAACCCUCCAACUAGCAUUGGCGUCCCUUCCUUUCCACAAGGGCAACCCCAAUUGUUAAGUCAUCCACCACCACCUCCUCCUCAAGUCUAUCAGACGAGUUCACAUGGUGGAGUCGAGCAGAGUUCUCAAGGUGGGAGUGGAGCUCCAUGGUUACCUGGACCAUCUGAAAGUGGAGUAGGAGGAGGUCAACUGCCACCCCCUCCCCCUAUAAUGGCUGGCCAGAUGCAAAUGCCACGUCAACAGUUACAACCUGACGUGGAAAAGGCACUCCAGCAAGUCAUGAAUCUUCCCCCUGAACAGAUCAACCUCCUUCCACCAGAGCAGCGGCAGCAAAUCCUACAGUUGCAGCAGUGGUUUCGCUAGUUUAGCCUUGGCUGCCUUGUGUAUUCCGAGCACUUCUUUUGGGACUUGCAGUGCACGAGUUCCUCUAUUGAGUCUCUCUCUACAUUGGCCCCUGUCAAUCGAUAAGCUUCACUUAUCAUUAUAGUUACCUCAUGAAAAGGAAAAGGUCAGAAUGGUUGUGAUCUCGACUCCAAUCCUUCAUGUGUUUGGAGUUACAGCCAACAAUUCGUUUGUAUUGGACAUUUGGUUGACCAACAUUAACGGUGAUGUCUUGUUAUGGGAACGAUACGUUGUAAACUGAAGAUGGUAUAUCUAACAACCUAAUCCGGUUGCCUACGACUCCGGGGUGAUUUUGUUAGAAAGUCUUGCCCUGGAUUCACGCAUUCUCAUUCUCACAUUGUUGUGGAGACUUUGUAUGUGCCCUGAUCAAGCAGCCUAGGAGAUCAUUACGUUGCCAUUUUUUGAAAUAUGCUAAAUCAUUAAUCUUUUAUG